UUGGUAACGGGAGCGAAUCUAAGGAAUGCACCAAGUAGACUAAUUAAACAUUCAGCAUGCAUCCGUUUUGACGUUAGUUGUUAAUCGCUAUAUUACAUAUUAGCAUGUCAUGCGCGCCCGUAAAUUUAUUUCCAGUAUGUGCUGUUUGAUUUUCCUGAUGUUUUUAAAAUCACUUAAUAUCUCAAACAAUUCUAUAUCUAAUGGGCUAAAGGGUGCGCUCAAUUUUGCAAUGAGGUUGACGCAAGAAGAUCGAAUUGUCCUACUUAGAGGGUAUGAACCGAGAAGCCGCCAGUAAACAGAGCUUCACUUCCCAGCUUGCUUAUGAUUUCAAGGCUUUAUUCACUUCCAUGUACACCGUAUACAUGGCCACCGUUGGCAAUAUAGUGGUUGAAUUGCCAUAACUUAUACUUGAGCUUCUUUCUUUACUGGUUUACUAGUUUUUCUUUAAAUAUAAUUCAGUAUUGCUUAACAAAGUGAGCAGCAGUUACUUUCUGAACUACGCACUGAAGUCACGAAGUUACACAGUUCGACUCCUGUUAGCGUAAAGAAAUAACUGUGCAGCUCAUGCUUUGAAAAUACAUGAUUAUUUAUGGUUAUUACAAAUGUGUAAACCCUCAGCCAAGCAAGUAAAAAAUAUUUUAGCACUUUUUUUUUAAAUCAUAGUGCUCCCCCUAGUGGUAAAUUUAGGAGAUAGAGUCCGUGUUAGGACACCAUAGCAACAAGUGUUUGGUUCGUCCGAAUAGAGAAAAUUGGACAGAGAAAAUUGAAGAGAGAAAAGUUUUAGAGCAGUCACCAGCUAUAUGGAAUCAACCGAUAUUUGGACCAUACAAUAUAAGACUAUAAACUUAGACAGAAAUAGGAAAAAAGAUGACUGACAGAAAAUUACAUAUUGAAUCCAGAGAGAGCACUCCUCUGCAUCCUUGGUAUAAGGAACGGUUACGCACACAGUUUCUCAAGGAUCCGGUUACGAAGCAGCGGCUUUCUGGGGCCCUCGAUGGAGGCCGAAGGCGUUUUUUGAACGCAGGUGUCGGUGGUUUUAGCGAUAGGUAUCCAAUUUCCUGCGCAGAAACUUCCUUUGAACCUGAGCGCGGAACUGCCCCUAUCAUUUUUGGCUUGUCGAACCAGGCAUGUCCUGGCAGGCUACCUCAGCGCUUCACCAAACAGCAAAUCUGCUUCUCGAAACAAAACCGCCUGAGCCAAGAGCGACGCCAGUACGUGGAAGCGGUGGAGCACAGACUGAAAACGCACCCGCUGGCUCUGUACCCCUAUUUAGAAAGUGGCAUGACACCCGAGCUGUUUGACGAUGUAUUGUCUGUCCUGGACCCGGAAAUUCAUGUUAAAAGGGAACGAUCUGUUACCUCUUCUAAGAAACAAGAGAAGCGUAUUGAAGAGAAUGUAGCACCAUGUGAAGGCCUUACCCAAGAACCUUCAACAGAGACAAAACCAUCGAUCAGCACGGCUUCUAGGAAUCCCUAUAAAUGGAAAGAUGUGAAGGAGACCCAUGCCAACGAGAAGCAGCUUGCCAGUGUUAAAGACCUGUAUUCACCAUCUCAGGAUGAAGACCUCAAGAAAGUGACCAAGCUAUUUUGUGACUGGGCUUCCUCUUUGGGGAGAGAAACCGGCAGCUUAACAGAGUCCGCUAUCUUGAACCUGUUUGGCAAUGGCUAUGAAAAGAAACCUGCCUUAACAUUCCCUAUUCAAGUGUUGGAACCCAGCCAAAUACCAAAGGAACUUCGCACCACUGGCGAAUACAUGCAUAAAGACAGCACCCACAGUGCUCAGCUGGACUUGAAGUUUAAGGUGUGUGCUCCCAGUGUGAAGACCACAUAUGGUGCAUGGUAUUUGGAUCCUAAAACAUGGAAGAAGCGACCUGCUGAUGAGCUGCUGAGAGACCAUUCAGUGACCAAAGACCUGGACCGCACAGAGCAGCCCACGGAGAAGGAUGAAGAACUGAAACAGAUUCAUGGGGCUCAGGCCUUCAAGCAGUUUAUCAUCACUAAGGGACUAAGAAUGCCUAGGUUUCUCAGUUCCCUGUUCUUGGAAGAGGACCAGGAGUGCAGCACUAGAGGGACAGACAAGACACGUUCAGCAUCGACACGCAAGGGGACAGUCAUGCUUUAAUUAUAUCUCAGCCACUAUUCCUGUGUGGUACAGCUGAGCUGUAGUUGAAAGGAAGGAUUAUUAAAAGGACAAUUAUGAGUUAAAUUAAGACAAGUAAUCCUGUUUCUCUUUUGAACAGUUCUGUACAAUAGACCGUCCACAUGCUGGUAAUGUACUUUGAUGUCAUUUUCACUGAUUAAAUGAAGAAUUUAAAUAGAAGACCAAGAAUUCUUUGCCUUGACUAGUUCUUCAGUUUUGAUUUCAGAUGAAACAUUUUUAAUGUGCCAUUCUUGAUGGGAAAGUUUAGAAAUCACGUUUUAUGUUAAAAUA